CGCCGGCCCCGCCCCGAGGAGGGGAGCCGCGGUCGCUACCAGGCGGCGGGUUCGGCUGCGCGGCGGGGCUGAGGCGGCCGCGGUGGCCCGGGCGCAGGGGACAGACGUCUGGUUCCUGAACCGCGGCGCUGGAGACGGCCAGGCCUCGCACACAGGGGGAAGCGGUGCUCCUUGAUUAGAAAAAACUAAAAAAAGCUCUCUGGACGCCGGGGCCCAGAGCUGAUGGCAGACAAUGUCAGCCACUAACAACAUAGCGCAGGCCCGGAAGCUGGUGGAACAGCUGCGGAUCGAAGCCGGGAUCGAGCGCAUCAAGGUCUCCAAAGCCUCGUCGGAACUCAUGAGCUACUGUGAGCAGCACGCCCGCAACGACCCCCUGCUGGUCGGCGUCCCUGCCUCCGAGAAUCCCUUUAAGGACAAGAAGCCGUGUAUUAUCCUAUAGCUCUGCUUUCCUGUGUGUCCCCCGCCCCUCUCUGUCUCCGUCAGGGUGUCAUUCAGCACGUAGUCAAGCAAAGAGCUCGAGUCCCCAAAACUUUUAAUUCCAAAAGAAAUGCACAGCAUCGCCACCACCCACAUGGGGUAAAAGGCACCCUCUGGGUUUAUUGGGGUUUCCAGACCCAACGACGCGCCUCUCCCGGCCCGGCUGGAUGGGACGGUGGCUUCCCGCCACUUCCGACCAGGAAUCACUGGCGUGCCGGGCAAUGUGGUAGCGAUUUUUUAAGCCUCUUGGUUGCCCUUUGAGCUGGUGGCCCGGAGCCAGGCCGGGCCGGGAAGGGGCGCAGGCGGGUGAGUUUGCCACCAGCCCGCGCGAUUCUCGCACGAUCGGCCGUUUGUGAAAAGACUUUUCGCCAGAUCGAUGCUGCUGUGCUUUUUUUUUUUUUUCUCUUGAGCGGAGUAAAAUUGGGUGGGGGGAGGCAGGGGAGGGACAUAAGGAACUUUUCUGGGAAAAUUUCUCCUUCCUUCUUAAAAAAUUGUGAUUGCAUACUGCUCAAAUCAGACCUUGACAGCUGAGCUGAGGCUUAACUGUGCCGCGUAAUCAUGCACAGGUGGGUUUCUGCGGCCGCCAGGGGGGCUUUGUCUGCGAAACGCACCCCGUGUCGCCCAGUGCACCCCCGCUGUGUGGCGUUUUUGUGGCAUGCGUCGCUCGACCGCCACACCGUGGGCCCCGCCCUUUGCUGGGGACCCCGCGUGUCACCCAGGUGGCUGUAGCAUCACCCUGGGCGUUUUUCAGACAGAAAUGCACCCCGGGGAGGCUGGGGCCUGGGCGGCUGGUAAAAGGUGUGCGAUUGUCUGGAAGGAGGCAAGGGGCGUUCUGAGCAGAAUUCUCCAGCAUCCCGGCAGCCUCGGCAAGCUAAGCAUCCUGGAGUUGACAAGUUGGGGCCAGGGAACCUGUUUUAAUGACUUCUCCCCUGUUAGCCGCGGAGCAACCCCCUCCCCCGCCGGCGGCCGCGGGGACCCCACACAGCCCUGAACAUCCCCACCCGCCCUGUCACUCACCCUGGGCCCGGUGGCGAGAAACUGGUCCAGCUCUGCAGAGUCUGAGGGCCCCAUCCUCGCCUUCGGGGGCCAGAGCCUCGUGCCCGUGCUCACCCGAGCCCCCGGGGCAGCGCCAGGCUCUGAACUCACCUCGCCGGGAGGGUCGGGUGGGAUGCAGUGCGCGCGGGUGGGCGCCCCUCCCUCCCCCCCGCCGGCCGGCUUGCGCAGGCGCAGACCGCACGGCCGAGCCCCCAGUGCCCAGCUUCUCCGGCAGGUCCGGGAGCCCCAGGGGGCUUUGGGGAGCCCGGCUCCUGCAAAGCUGCGCUUGGAUGGGGACGCCACCAAGGGUCCCCGAGGCUGCAGCCGCCAGCCUGGGGGCGCCUCUCCCCACCCCCUGCAGAGCAGCAGGACGGAACAAAAGACUGUUCUGGAAACCCAGGCGCACCCAGGGGGAGGCCGGGGCGCGGCGGGGAUUAACCCCCAGACGCCUGGGGGCCGGGGGGCAGGUGGCAGAGCCGGGCUCGUGGAGGCCACGUCGGCCGGCGAGGGUGACCCCGGCCACCCGGCCCUUCCCACCUGCUGUCUGGUGACUGGUGGCCAGUGCCCCCCCUUUGCUCCGUGAAAGAAGCCUUAAUGCCUUGAGCCCGCGUCAGAUCCUUGCACGCCCGUCCUUCCUCCUGCGUCCCCCAGCAUCCCCGUCCUCCGGCCACUGGGCCCCAAAGCGGACGGGAGGUCCUGACUCCAGCCAGGAGCGCCCCAGGGGCCCAGCCCUCCCCUCUCUUCGUCCCCUGCCGUGCCAGCUGUGCCAAGCCCCGCCGUGUGUCCCCAGCCGAGUGACCCUGAAGAAGCCAGCAGGAAGCAAAGCCCCCUAGGACCCCCGGCUGAGGGAGGGGGGGCAUGAUCGCCCACCCCCCCAGGCCGGAAGCAAAUUCGAACCCAGGCCAGGGGGCGGGAGGAGGCUCCCCAGUCAGAGACCCCAGAGACCGAGCCAUCUGGGUAAACUGAGGCCCACGAGGGACAAGGACUGGCGGGCCCCCGCCCCAUCACCACACCUGCUCAGCUGCCUCCCCCUGAGCCCAGAUGCCCACAGCCUCAGACCCCAGGGAGGGGGCGAUGGACAGAAGCCACACCAUGGGUUUCCUUCUAGCUGAGAAAAAGGACCGCCCCACCCCUUAGAGUCGAUCUCAGCGCCAGUGCACUUGUGCUGUCCUGGCGAGAGCGGCUGGCGUGCAAACGGGGUUUUUGGGACUGUACCUGCCCAGCGAGGCAGCGGGCUGGCGGUGGUGGCAGCAUCACGGACCUUGGGGAAACCACCAUCGAAACUAUGUCAUGGGGGGGUGAUGAAGGAUACACAUGCACCCCCAAAAAAGGGCAGGGGUGGGAGACACGGAGCCCCCCUUUCUUCUGCAGCCUGUUCAGUGUUUCCAGGGGGCCCCGCCCAGCCCCUGACCGUGGGGGCACCUCCCCUCCCCUCCCCCACUCCAGGAAGGAGCCAGAAUGUGCACCCCCCCCCGCCACCCUCCCCCAAGGUGACCCCCAGGCCAAGAAUUAAAGGACUCGGUUGUGACCUCCAGCCCCAGGACAGUAGCCGCUGGGCCACACCAGGCGGAAGGUGCUGUCUUUCUUCUGAGGUCCCGGCCACUGAGUGGGGACGGUGGCAGGCCUCCAGGCAGCUCAUCCAUAUGUGACCAGCUGCAGCCCUGCCCGAGCUCUGGGGCGGGCAGGAAAAGGCCAUCGGACCACCGCCCCAAGCACGAGUAACCAGGGCCGUUUUCAGGCUGAGGUGAGGCCACCAAGGUCACUCUUAUAAAAAGCCAGCCCGCCACGGGGUCCCUGGACAAGAAGCCAUAUGCGGGUCACUCGCCCUCUUUCUCUGUCCCCCGUGGAAACCAUUGCCAAACAUUGUAAAGACCAGUCCCUGGUUUUCGCAAGAGAUCUGUGGUUCCAGCAGGUUCCACCCCGUCUGCAUUUGGAUGUCCCGUGGUUUUUAUUUCCGAUUUUUAAAAAAAAAAAAAUUCCAAGUGUGCCACACCCAGUUUCUCGCAGUGUUUUAAUAUUGUGUGGAAUCGUUAAUACAAAGUGAAUUAAUCCACAAUAAAGCAGCUCAGUGUUCCUUUUC